AUGAGUUUAAUUAGAAGGUCAUGGACAAAUUUAAUACAUAUCUAUUUUUCAAAUUCAAAAAAUAUUAGAAAUAUAUAUUUGCAUCAGGAAUUCCAAGCAGCAGCAUAUAGAAUUUUUAACUUAAAACGAGGUUAUGCAUCUAAAUCGUUUCCUACACAUCAUAUUAUAAAUAUGCCCGCUUUAUCUCCAACAAUGUCUUCUGGUACAAUUGGGACAUGGAACAAAAGUGUUGGUGAUCGGAUCUCUCCUGGUGAAAUUUUAGUAGAAAUUGAAACAGAUAAAGCUCAAGUGGACUUUGAAUUUCAGGAUGAAGGUUAUAUAGCUAAAAUUUUACUUGAAUCAGGGACAAAAGAUGUAGAUAUAGGUACACCUAUAGCAGUCUUAGUAGAAGAUGAAUCAGAUAUUCCAGCGUUUUCUGAUUUCACUAUUAAUGACGUAGAAGUAAAGAAACCUCCUAAGAAAGAAGAAAUACCCAAAAAAAAGGAUUCUUUAGAAGAACCUAAAAAAAUAGAAGAAUUAAAUAUAUCAUCUAAAACUAAACCAGAAUUACAUCAUCGAGUAUUCGCAAGCCCGGUUGCUCGAAUGCUUGCUAAAGAGAAAGGAAUCCAAUUAGAAAAUAUCAAAGGAACAGGCCCUAGUGGUCGAAUAAUUAAAGUUGAUGUUGAAAAUUAUAAACCCGAAAUUUCUAUUAUGCAGCCAACUAUAGAUUUUGGUGCUUUAUAUACAGAUAUUCCAUUAUCAAAUAUUCGUAGAACAAUCGCUACUCGAUUAACUGAGUCAACGCAAAAUACGCCACACUUUUAUAUUACUUUAUCUGUUCAUAUGGAAAAAGUUCUCAAAUUAAGAGAAGCCCUUAACAAUCGUUUAGAUGGUCAAUAUAAGAUUUCAGUUAACGAUAUAAUUCUUAAAGCAUCAGCUAUAGCACUUCAAAAAGUUCCGGAAGUAAAUAGUUCAUGGUUUGGAAGUUUUAUUCGACAAUAUCAUUCCGUAGAUAUAUCGGUUGCUGUUGCUACAUCAAAUGGUCUCAUUACGCCUAUUAUUAAAGAUGUUCAGAACAAAGGUCUUCUUGCUAUUAAUAAGCAAGUUAGAGAACUUGCAAAUAAAGCAAGAGAUGGAAGACUUAAACCCGAAGAAUAUCAGGGUGGUACUUUCACUAUUUCAAAUAUGGGAAUGUAUGGCAUUGAACAAUUUACUGCAAUUAUCAAUCCUCCUCAAGCUUCUAUUUUAGCUGUUGGAUCAAUUGAAGACUUUCUUGUAGAAGACCCUAGCUCAGAAAAAGGGUUUAAAACAGAAAAACGAAUGAAAGUGACAUUAUCUUCAGAUCACCGUGUUGUAGAUGGUGCUGUUGGCGCAAAAUGGGCAACUACUUUUAAAUCUACAUUAGAAAACCCAUUAGAUAUGUUAUUGUAA